AUGAGCAAGUGCCAACGUGGAUUCCAGGAACGGGAAGGGUGUAACGAGAGUAUUGGGAUUCUCAGAAGCGCAAUCGAUGUGGCUAAAGGACAAAAAAAACACUUGUCAGUAGCUUGGCUUGAUCUGACAAAUGCGUUCGGCUCAGUCCCGCAUGAACUGAUUGAGGGUACUCUCAAAGCGUAUGGAUUCCCCAAAAUAGUCGUCACAAUCAUACGGGAUAUGUACAAUGGGGCUACGAUCAGAGUCAAAAGCAAGACCUACAAAAUCGAUCAAAUCCACAUCAAAUCCGGUGUAAAACAAGGAGAUCCAAUCUCAAGCACCUGGAAGAGUCAUCCGGUCAUCGAUGUCUGUCCACAAGAAUCAAGAUUCUGGCGUUUGCUGACGAUAUGGCGAUUUUGGCCGACUCAAAAGAGCAACUUCAACUCUGUUAUCACUCGGCAAGGUAAACCGGAGCCCCCUCGCACCACCACAAAAACUCAAGUCAUCCGUCAAGAUCAUCCACCAAAUCCCGGUCAGAGGAACACCACUCGAAUGUAUCCAGCUGCCAAUCGGAAAAGGAGGUCUCGGAGUCGCAUGUCCACGAAUCACAACAAUGACCACGUUCCUAGUCUCAACACUCAAGAAGCUUUGGUCAACGGACAACUAAAUUCGAAAUUUGUCGUCAAAGAUGACAACCUGGCACUGAUGGUCCAAGCGACAGACAAGUCAAAAAUCAAGACAUUCGAGGAGUCCCAGGUCGAAAGACUACAACAACUGUUGAAGAAUGAGACCGUUGCCGCCCAACUCCACCGAUUCCUCACAGAGAAGAAAGUCAAGAGCGAAGUGGUUGAGGUUAUCCUGCAACAUCCGGCCAGCACCAAGUUCGUUAGGUCUGGAGGAAAAGUGAGUCUCGCCAGCCACCGGUUUGUGCAUCGCGCUCGGCUGAACCUUCUGUCUUGCAACUACAACACCUACGACAAGACAUUGACCAAAGCCUGCCGAAGAUGUGGAUACCCGUCCGAAAGCCAAUGGCACAUACUUCAAAGCUGCACAUUUGGACUUGCGAAGAACAUCACAGCUCGUCACGAUGCAGUUCUACACAAGAUAAAGUCCCUUGUCGAAGUUGGUGACAAGAAGGAUUGGACGAUGCAGAUCGACCAAGAGAUUCCAGGCUUCACACAGCUACGUCCAGACAUUUUCCUGGAAAGUCCGGAUGAGAAGAAGGUUCUGGUGGCAGAUGUCGCGUGUCCAUACGAGCACGGUAAAAGAGCAAUGGAAGAGAAUUGGAAUACGAAAUUGGACAAAUAUCAAAAGGGUUUCCAGCACCUCACGGAACAAGGAAUCGAAGUGACUGUUCUACCCAUCGUCAUAAGUUCCCUUGGUACAUGGUGGAGCCCAACGUCCGACAGUCUCACUGCACUUGGCAUUCCGAAAUCGACCAUACGGAAUAUCAUACCCGAGCUCUGUUCCACAGUACUUGAACAGCAAGAAUACAUACUGGAACCACAUACAUGGCGAAAAAUACACCAACAUACCGAUUCGUUACGGCCCAAUGGUCAUCAGUGGAAGAAGGAGAGGACGAAACCCUCUAAUCCAGCAACGGAGUAA